CGCCAUGGGGAACGCAGAGAGCAGCGAUUUCCAGAAGCGAAUGGAGUUGGUCCCUGCCGCCGAUCAAGCCGAGAUCGAGCACAGUUUUGAAAACUUGUGUCCGGGGAAACACUUCUCCAGGAAGAGCCUGGGAUUGGCCGCCUUUAAGGAAUCCAGCGGGAUCUGCCUGCCCGGGGCCAUGUCUUUGCGGAUCUUCCGCGGUAUACAGGCUGAGAACGCCACCAGCAAGUCCUCUCCCCCUGCUGCGGAGAUCAGUAAAGAGCAGUUUGCACUGUUCGCCGUCGAUAUGCUGAGAGGGACGGCAGACGAGAAAUGCGCCAUUGUCACUCGCAUGAUGACAUCAGACAACAAAGAGGAGGUGAAGGGACGACAGGUGCAGCAGUUUCUGGAGGAUCUGAUUUGCGCGGUGGUCUACGUUCUGCGGCAUAACAAAGUACUGAGAGGCUGGUCCCUGGGAAACACCCGCGACUGCGAAUUGGGGAUACGCACGCUGUCCGCACAUCUGCUUUCUCAGUUGAGGCCGGCAGGUGGACAGACCCUUGAAGAGGUGGAGCUCCUUAGCUCCUCCUACACCCAGGCCUCCAUAACAGACUGGCUGUACCAGGCUCCGAUUGUCUCCAUGUUUCUGCGGGUUGUGGUGACGCUGGGCUUGUCCAUCUUGAAGAAGAGCGCAGAGCACCAGCUGGACCUCGGCUGUCUGGUGCCAAGGUGUAAGAAGGAGAAAGGGAGGACCUCCUGCAGCCUCCUGGACCUCCCUUCCGUCAUGUUCCUGAAUUCUCACCUCCCCUCUGCAAUGCAGCGCUCCUGGCGGCUCCUCUUCUCCACCAAGAUCCACGGAGAGAGCUUCUCCCAGCUCUGCGGGCACCUGGUGGAUCAGGGACCGAGCCUGCUGGUUCUCAGGGACUCGGACGGUUUCAUCUUUGGAGGGUUCGCCUCGCAGAACUGGGUGGUGAAGCCACAGUUUCAGGGUGACUGCAGAUGUUUCCUCUUCACUGUAUCUCCACGGCUUGAUAUCUACACCUACACUGGUUAUAACGACCACUACAUGUACCUGAACCACGGGCAACAGACCAUUCCGAACGGACUGGGCAUGGGAGGGCAGCAUGAGUAUUUUGGUCUGUGGAUCGACAGCAACUUUGGGAAAGGACACAGCAAAGCCAAGCCGAGCUGCACCACCUAUCACAGCCCCCAGCUGUCCGCCAAGGAGGAUUUCACCAUAGACGCCAUGGAGGUCUGGGCGCUCGGACAACUACCGGAACGCCUACAGAGUGUGAUGUGCGUCUUUCUCCCCACCACCAUCACUGAGUAUCCUCUCAAACCACCACCCACCCACCCAAUUUAA